AUGGAACGAGAUAUCCGACGAGAUCGCGGCCAAUGGCGCGGAUGUCACACCUUCAAGGACAUUGUUCUCGACGACGACUUGGGUGUGAGGGAUACGAAGCGCAACGGCGGCCUGAAGAUGGGAAACACUUACUACUACUAUUACGAGAUUGAUGGAACGCAAGAGUCGCACAACCCGGCAUUGCCUACCACUACCAACUGCCCCUACCUUCCUGGACAGACUGUCAACACUCUGGAUGUUCCUACCGAGGUGGCCGAGCGGAAGAGAAGUGCAUCCUUGGGCUCGCUCCGCCCUGGUGAACAGAAGACCAUGAACCCCGAAGACAAGUUCGUUACGCCUAGGCCGCCGCCACCAGUGCCUGGCGGUCAAAUCCGCAGACUGGGCUCCGCGCCGGCCGCACAACCUACCAGAGCCAUUUCCCGCACCGGCUCUACGUCUCCUCCGCCAUCUUGGCGUCGCAUGUUCAACAGGAAGCCAUCUACCAGCCGGCUUGCUGAGCGCGGUCGUCAACCCGACGAUGAGGACCGCCCCCUUUCACCGUACUCCGGGUCUUCUUCAGACGACAACAGAAGUUCGGGUUCAUCAGAGGGAAGCCGCACUCGCGACCUUUCCCCAGAGUCCCUGAGGCGAUUUCUCUCUGAUGAGAAUCCCUUCGCCAGCGCUUCCGCCAGCGCCUUCGGGCGUCCGCCUGUCGCCAUCCCCGACGACAUCGCCGAGGAGGGAGAUGAUGACGAGAACUUUGCCAACUCAGCCUACGAGAUCAAUCCCUACACUACCAGCCUGUCACCACCACCCUUCAAGCGCUCUCACUCUGACAGCACCCUGCCGGUAGUGCACGUACCGAGGGUUCUCACUCGCGAGAAGAAGUACUCGCCCCUUCCUCCGCUACCUGUCAACAAGGCACUGAGGGACCUGGCAACGGCACCAUCCGCCUCGCGCUUCUCUUUCUCGUCUGACUCCAGCGCGGCCUCCUCCAUCGGCCCUAUCUCUCCCGAGGAUGACACCCCAUCCUUUUACGACUCUACCGAAGAGGAUCGAUACUCCAACGAGAGCGACGCCAACUUUGUUCAGCCCCUGUCACUUCCCAGCACGAGGAAGCCGUCUCUGGAGCAGAACUACAGCUUGCCCCGGGCUCCCGGAAUCAAGGUCCACCCUGGCGUCCACACCAUGGUCGCCGCCCCUGCUGAUAACGGCCUUGAUGACUUGGUCAACGAGAUGGGCUGGAUGGUUGAUGUUAUUCGCGGCAAGGGCAUCUAA